UCCGACCCUGUCCGGUAGCCCGCCACUGCAUCGGUUUCUCACCGCGGUCCCGUAAUUAUAUCUCCGUCGUCGAAACUUACAUCGCAUAAACUUACGCACUGAACUUCACGCUAAGUCGUGCGUGUCUUGCGAUUGAGUAAAAAAACAUCCGUAGACUUUUUCUUUUUUUUUCCUUUUUUUAUUUUUCGGCGUUUACCUCUCGCCGAUAUUUUUUUUCGUCGCCCGUCGACUCUUUGUCGUCGAUCGCCGCAGAUAAACGGACGAAAAUCAUCAUUUUCAUUACCGACCCUCUCUAACUAUUUUUCAUAGCAACAACAACAAUAAUUAGAGGACGCUUUCGGUCGUCGGUCGUUUUCCGUACGAACGAAACUCAUUUUUAUUUCAUCCUCCCGGUCUUUCGAUCCCCGUCACCCCGAAAACCAUUCGAAUCUCGAUUGAGAUCAACCGUACCUGCACACCGCGGUCAUGAACAUGCUGUACCCGAACUUGCUGUUUUGGAUGUACGUGGUGUUGACGCUGGCCGAACCGCCGUACAUCAUUCCGUUCAAAGAAUUGGACAAUGCCGAUUUGUAUGUACCAGUUGAUCCUAACAAGAUUCCUAAGUUUUUGAACAAGCCGAGCACAUACCAAGUCGUUACCAAAGAUACAAUUGUUUUACCAUGUGAAGUUUAUAAUCCAGAGAACUUUGUGUUGGCUUGGAAAAAAGGAAUAGCAAUUUUAACCGCUGGUACCACUAAGGUGACCCCUGAAGAACGUAUUCGAAUCGUCGAAGGAUACAACUUGGAAAUCCGAAAUGUUCAAAUCAAUGACGCUGGGAACUACAUUUGCCAGAUCGGUACACUCGAACCAGUAGAAUUAAAACAUACGCUGCAAAUACUCAUUCCACCAAGGAUCAUUGGUAUAACAUCAAAUGGAAAAGUGAGCGCAAAAAAAGGGUCAGAUGUGACUCUUCAAUGCAAUUCAACAGGAAACCCACCACCAACAAUAACAUGGUCACGUAAA